UUUUUAUUUGCGUUUUUUGACAGUCGACUGCAUUUUGUAAAUAAACAUUGCGUAGAUAAGCUGCUGAUAGUUGUGCCACUAUUUUCCCAAAAGAAUUUCCAUGGAAAAUGCCCAGAAAAAAGGAUUUUCACGAUAAUAUCGUUUCGAAACCUCCCGAGAAACGCCCAUUCAACGUGAUCCCUUUCGAGUGCGCCGAGGUAAAAUCCGAACCGGAAGACCACUCCGGCGAUGCUCAACCGGAAAUCUUCGUCGCUUGGUCCUCGCAUAGGACCAGCAGUGUGGCCACUCAAACUUCGAAACGCCACACCGCGAACCGUGCCGUUCAGGCGGAUUUGCUCCCGGUGGUGAAGGAUUCCAUUGUUUCGGGCACGACGGUGGACGAACCUCUGGGGCCGGAUUUGACCAAAGGAGCGAUCGAGAAGCAGUGCCGCAUCUGCCUGCGACGACUUCCGGAGGCCAGUCUGGCGUACAUUUUGUUCCCGCAAAAGACGCGCAUUUUGACCACGCUGGGCGUGAAGGUCUAUCUGGGGGACGCCUAUCCGUUCAUCUGCCGGAACUGUGCCGCACUGGUGGACUUGAUGUACGACUUCCGGAGCGCGUGCGUUAAGGCACGAAACAUGCUGGUUCAUGAGCGGAAGUCGCUCGCGGGUGACGGAUGGGAUUGUGACGAGAACUUGGGGACGAUUCUGCGGGUGAAAUCGCUGGUCGAAUCGCACCGAAGAGAGGUGGACGCCGCCUAUGAGCUGUCCUCGCUUAGCAAGGGCACUUCUUGUGGGCAGGAGGAAGAGGAGGACGUUAAAAUAAAACCCGAGGCGAUCGAACUGGUGAUGGUGGAACCAACGCCUAUCGAAUCGUCCUCCUCCGAUGAAGACGACGAUUCCAGCAAUCAUUCCUUAAAAAUUGAUAACGGUGGAGGUCACUCCGAUUCCGGCUCCGAAAGUGACUCUCCGGUGGAAGGGGACAAUCCAAGUCCACCUCCGAGCUCACCGCCGCCGAAAAAGAAGCGGAUACGAAUCGUGACGAAACCGUACAAAAAGAGGCAGAAGAAAAAGCUGAAGGAGGAAUCGGAGGAUGAGGAUCAGUCCAGGGAUGAAGGUGGGAAGGAGAGGAAGCGACGGAAAAAUGCGGCCGACCCGAACAGGAAGCGAGGCGCGUUGUGUGAUUUUUGUGGCGAUUGGGUAGAGUAUCACACGGUGGAGAGUCACAAGAAUCAGCAUUUAGGCAUCAAACCGUACAUCUGCCAAACCGAGGGCUGCAAGCUGGCCUUCUCGUGCCGCAACCUGCUGGUGAAGCACAUCAAGCGCCAGCACGGAGCCGCCGGACCCGAGUACCACGACUGUGACGUGUGCGGCCACCGGAUAAAGGGCCCGAAGGCGGCCCUCAAAAAGCACCAGAAAACCCACACCGAGGAGAAGAACUUUAUCUGCGCUGUAUGUGGAAAAGGCUUCACCACCCAGGGCUACCUCCGGCAGCACUCCAUCAUCCACACCGACCUGAUGCCGUUCGAGUGCGGCGUGUGCCAUCGAAAGUUCAACAACAAGUACAACAUGCUGACCCACGAGAAGAAACACUUCCAGCGGGGCGAAAUGGUGCCAUCGGAAAGCUUCAACCCCGCGGAAUCGAACGCAAACGGUCCCAGAGAAGGUGACCGAGAGGGGGCAGGACAACGACCGGAAGUGACGACGACGACGCUUACGGUGGAACCGGCCGCACCCACUCCGUUGCCACCGUUUGCCGACUAUCAUCACCAAAUGCAGCAGCACCAGCAGCAUCUUCAUCACACCAGUCAUCUUCACCAACAGCCGCACCACCACCAUCCUCAUAUUCAGUUGCUGCAGCUUCAUCCGCCCCAUCCGCAGCAGCACCAGCAGUCCCAUCAUCAACCGUUACUGCACCAGCCGCAGUGAGAGAAGAGUGCAAUUUUUAUUUUUUAUUAUUUUUUUCGUACCUCAAUUCCAAUGAAGGAACUGAAUUGAACUGAGCGAGAUUCACAAUCCAAUUGUGUUAAUAAAAUUGUUAUAGAUUUGCCAAAACGACAAAA